GUUGCCGAGCGGUCGUUCCCGUUUGAUUGUUGACAUUUUAAUUGUUUUAUUUCGAAACUCGAGUGUUGUAUUUGGAAAUUUUAAUUUAAAUAUUAUGUGUAGUUAACAAGUAUAAUAUAUGCGGCUGUUUGUGUUAGACUAUCUGUUAUAAUGUUGCGUUCAAUGUUGGAUAAAUUCUGGAACGAAGAUGUGUGGCUACCACCGAAUACUGCUUGGGAGGAUAUAGCUCCUGGCCCUGAUAAAGACGUGGUUUACGCUGAUCACAGGCAUCUCCUGUACCCCAUACCCUUGGCCUUCGUCCUGAUAUUCAUUCGGUAUAUAUUAGAGAAAUAUUGGUUUGCCCCCUUUGGAAAAUCGUUAGGAAUAAGGAACACUAGAUCUAAGAAAGCUCCGCCAAACCCUACAUUAGAAGCUGCAUAUCAAGAAUGUACGAAGAUAAAACACAAGCAGUUGUGUUUGAGCGAGGAGGAGAUACUGGGUCUAGCGAAGCAGCUAGACAUGUCGGAGAGGCAGGUGGAAAGAUGGUGGAGGCUCCGCCGCAGCCAAGACAAGCCGUCCACCCUGGUCAAGUUCUGUGAGAACAUGUGGAGAGCCACCUUCUACCUGUGUAAUUUCUCCUAUGGCAUCUUCAUACUGUGGGACAAGGAGUGGCUAUGGGACAUAGACCACUGCUACAUCGGGUAUCCACAUCAGGGUUUGUCGGACGACGUCUGGUGGUACUACAUGGUGUCGGCGGCGUUCUACUGGGCGCUGACCAUCUCGCAAUUCUGGGACGUGCGGCGCAAGGACUUCUGGCAGAUGUUCGUGCACCACAUCGCCACCAUCGCGCUCAUAUCCUUCAGCUGGGUCUGCAACCUCCACCGCAUUGGCACGCUGGUGCUGCUGACGCAUGACUGCGCUGAUAUUUUGCUGGAUGCAGCGAAAGCUGCGAAGUACGCGAACUUCCAGAAACUCUGCGACGCGAUAUUCGCGGUGUUCACGGCGCUGUGGAUCGCGACACGACUGGGGAUAUAUCCCUUCUACAUUAUAUGGAGCACGUCAAUCCGAGCUCCCAUGUUGCUGCCGAUGUUCCCGGCGUACUACAUCUUCAACUCGCUGCUGUGUCUGCUGCUGGCCCUCCACCUGGUGUGGACGUGGCUCAUCCUGCAGGUCGCGUACAAGUCCAUCAACGCUGGCAAGAUGGAGGGUGACAUUAGGAGCUCUAGUUCUGAGAUAAGUGACAGCUCUCACAACUCCAACCACAGCACGCCAAACCGCGCCAAUCAUAAGAAGGACUCGUAGGGUUCGCGCUUGAGGCGUCAUGUGUUGGCGUACGGAGGUUCAAGAUGCAAGCUUAAAACGUUUAAUAGGUAUACUUAAAUAUACACAAUCUUUGCUUAAUAAUUUAGAUUCUAGACUAAGUCAGAUCACACUAAGAUGCGACAGGGCGUGGACUUUUAAGAUCACAAAUCGAAAUAAAACUUUAGUCACUGUAGAUGAAAAUUUGAUUGCCAAAGUUUGUUUAACUGCUACAAGCUACUGGCUAAACAGCGCGUCGUUUAGAAUAAAAUAUCCAGUGAGGUAAACUUGAAUAACUUUGAAAAAAGCUCCGCCACGUCGCAUCUCAGUAUGAGCUAACCCUAAUGAACAAUAAUGUCACAAUUGUUGUCCUUACAAAAAAAAGAAGGAAAAUACUUUAGAUAUGUCAAAUUCUAUUUUUUUUUUAAUUGUUUUCGAACAUGUAUCAUAAAGCUGAUCCCUAAUCUUUGUC